GGUUGCAAAACCCCGCCCAUUAAAUCGUGGCUUAUAAAUUUGCUCACAGUGUUGAUUGUAAUCACUGUAUUUGCUUUAGAACUUUUAACUGUAAUAACUUUAAUGCGUUUGGACACGUUUGGUAUCAGUCUUCAGGAGAAAGCGGAGUAAGGAUGGCGACCCCAGGCUCCGGUGACUCCUCCUCGAACCCGAGGUCUGGUCCUGGAGGUCUGGGCUCGAUGCUGAACCUCAGGACACCCGGACGCCUUCCCAACAUUCGCUCCAGAGACCUGACACUGGGAGGCGUGAAGAAGAAAACCUUCACGCCCAACAUCAUCGGCCGCAAGAGUAAAGAAGAGUUAAAAGUUAACGAAGGACCCAGGAGAGAGAGGAGGGAUGCGGAUCGCGGGCGACAGCGAGACGGGCGGGGCAGAGGGCGGGGCCGGCCAGAGGUCAUCCAGUCCCACUCCAUCUUCGAGCAGGGACCUGCGGAGGCGGUAGUCAAAAGGAGAGGUGUGUAUGAGGACACGAGGGAAACCCCCAACAGCGCCCCCUGCCCCAUCAUCAACAUUAAGAAGGAGUAUAGAGAGACUGAAGAGGAGACCAAAGAGAUCCUGCGUAAGCUGGAGAGAGACAAUUUUGUGGAUGACCCGCACCUGAGGAACGAAGCACGCUGCUGUCCGGUGCAGCUUCCCCUGGUCGUGUCCGGCUGGGUGUUUAAAGAAGAGUUUGAGGAAGAUGCUGACUUCGGGGGAGUCAAAAUGGAGAAGGAUGCAGAGGAUGAAAAGAUGAACACGGAGAGCUCGGACACUGCUGUUACAGUCAAACAGGAGCCUCCUGAUGUCCCGGUGUUUAAGAAGGCGGAGCCUAUGUUUAAGAUGCCGCCCCUUCCUGAACCCGACUUCCUGCCUGACCUGCUGCAGGCGUGGAGUCACUGCAAAGAGGAGGAGCUUCUGUUCAUGCAGCUCCCCGAUUCUCUGCCCGGACAACCUCCGAGCAGCGACACCCGACCCACUAAGACCACUGUGCAGUCAGAGGACGGACAGAACGUGCUGCAGAAGACGGAAGGACAGCAGGAGGAGGACGAGGAGGAGAACAGCUGCCAUCUGAAGGAGCUGCAGGAGGGUUUGGUGGGCCGCUUGUUGGUGAGGAAGUCCGGACGAGUGCAGCUCGUGUUGGGGAACGUCACGCUGGAUGUGGCUCUGGGGACAUCCUGCGCCUUCUUCCAGGAGUUAGUGUCUGUGAGCAGCGAGGGCAGGAGAGGAGACAUGACUGUACUCGGCCACAUUAAACACAAACUCGUCUGUUCACCCGACUUCAAGGCUUUACUCGAGAACAGAGUUUGAGUGUGUGUGUGUGUGUGUGUGUGAGAGAUGCAUCAGCUCGUCUCCUCCAGUUUACAAACCUGUACCUUUUUGUCUUGUCAUGGAGACGCAGCUGUCAGGUUUUUGAAAGUGUUCUAAUCUAUAAAUACUGUACAUAUGAAAUUUAAAUAAUAAAAAAAAAAUGUCAAGAUGAAAUGAUUAAUAAAAACUAUUGAGAACGUU